AGGCGACGAGCCGCCGCGGCUUCGGAACGCGCGCUUUUGUGAUUGUAGCACGUCGCGCUUGUGCGGCCUCGGCCGUGUGAUGAUUGCGCUCUAUUUCGCGGUGCCUGUGUGGUUCUGCAACUUUGCGAAACGGGAGAGAGCGCUCGUCCUGGUCGUCUUGUAUCCUUCCGUGCCCCCCCCCCCCCUUUUUUUUUGCGCUGCCGCUUUUUCAAAGGCCACUGGCCAUACCAUUUAAGUGUCGUGUGCAAAGGUGCCGCGAUAACUGCCCUAACCAGCCGCUGCUGCCAUGUGUCAUUCUCGAAGGAAGACAGCCGCCAUCAGGAGUGGCUAUGGGCGAUGCCGUGGAAGGAAUGUGAAGCGAUGAGCUCUACAGAGGACGUAGAAGUGGGCGGCUUUUGCCGGUUUAGCACCGAGUGCCGCUCCAAGUGCUGCGUGAAGGUGUUCCCAAGGGGCGACCAGGCCGGCAGUCCGAGGCAGUGUCGCCACUACGCUGAGCCCGGCGAGCCAUGCAGUGACGAGCAGAUCAAGGGAGGCGUCUACGUAAACGGAUGUCCCUGCCGCGUCGGCCACUGCGGAAGCAACGGAUACUGUUCCUGAGAUGGGCUGAGACUGACCCAAGUUUCUUGGGACUCUGAAUGCGAUGGAGCAGCCUGUGCAGACUUCGAAAUGCGGAGCUCAAUAAACAUAGGCAUCUGAAAGCGCGAAAAA